AUGGCACAGUGGCAGGAGCCUCUGGCGGCACCGAUUUCGCUCCCGCCAGAGGUGCAGGGCAUCGUGCGUGGGACGCUGCGACUCGACCUGGGACCCUUGGCAUGGAAGCGAUCCGGGCAGCCCGAGAGGGUUGCCGUUGGAGUCAAAUGGUGGGGCGAGCAGGGCUACGGCACCGUCAUCACGGUGGGCACGUCCACGUGCGAGAGCCUGGCGUACAAGAUCUGUUGCGGGCCGCACAACUUCGCGAGGUACCUCCGGGACAUGCAGCACCUGGAGCUCCACCUCACGGACGCCGAGAACGGGCGCCCCGUGGGCGUGGUCUCCGUAGCAACGAGCGCUCUCGACGCCCACGCGCCGCUCAGGGGCGCGUUCACGGUGCACGGCGCGCACGGGCGGCCCGCGGGGGAGCUGCACAUCGCCCUCUCGAUGCAAUACAACUCCGUCGUCACCAGCUUCGAGAUGAACGAGCACUUGGUGGAAACCGACGCCAUGUUGCCGCGCGCGCCGGCGCCGCAGGGCCCGGGGACCGGCGCGCCUGCCGCGGCGACGGCGUCGUUCGAGGACGAGCCGCGCUUCGGGAGCCCGCGGGGGUCCGCCCCGGCGUGGACGGCGGUUGUCUCGCAGGACGUGCCCCUUGAGCAUGCACGCAGCGCUGCCGAGGCGCCCGCGACGCCCGAGCGGCCCGUCACGCGCGCGGAGCACAAGCUCAUGAGCCCGCUCUCGCCUCAUAUCCGCGUCUCCACGGAGGUCGAGCGCGCGAUCGAGGACCACACCGCGCACCUGAGCCCCGGCGCCGCCGUGGUCAUCGCGCUCGCGGAGGUCAUCGCACGGGAGCGCGACCAGGUCGAGGCCCUGUGCCGCGAGAUGGCCUUCGAGCGCUCGCGCUCCCGGCAGGCCGCCGCCGCCAUCGCCCUGCGCGACGUCCCGCGCCUCGUCAAGCGACUCCUCCCCCGACCCCCCUCCAAGGAGCAGCUGGCCUUCCUGUCCGCCAUGAUCGCCGCCGGCGUGGGCGGCAACGCCGACCCCGCCACGCCGCUCUCCUUCGACCGCCUGGCCUCGGAGGCCGCGGCCGCCGCCGCCGCGUGCCGCGCCGCCGCGCAGGGCCCCGGCUCGACCGCUGCCGCCGAGGGCGCAGCGGGGAUCGUUCUCGCGCUGCAGUCGUCCGGGCUGCAGCUGCAGAACCUGUUCCGGGAGCGGGCGUGGAAUCGCGGGGGCGAGAUCGACCUGCUCGACGCGCUGGGCGUCGCGCGCGCGGCCGCGCCGGCCGCCACCGGCGACGAGGUGCGGCACCUGGGGGCGAUCCUGGAAGCACGGUUGCAUCGGGAGCCCGCGCGGGGGCACACCGUGUCGCUGGAGUGGCUUCGCGCGGCGCUGAAGGCCGCGAUCGAGCCGCUGUCGCUGGCGGAGUACGCGCCGGCGCACGAGGCGGAGGAGGUGGUCGCAGAGGGGGUGUCUGCGGUCGAGGAGGGGGGGAGUCUGGAGGAGGGUGCCAUGCCGGGAGCGGGACGGCGUGGGCAGCUGUCCGCGGCGACGCGGCGCCGCAUCGAGGCGCGCGAGCGCGCGGAGCGCGAGGCCGCCGAGCGCGACGGUGCGCCACACACACCCCCGCGGGACCACCCACGGGACACCACGACGGCACACGUGCACGCGCCGGAGCCGGAGCCAGAGCGCGAGCCCCAGGCGCAGCCCGCUGCGGCCCCGCGCGAAGCAUCUUCGUCGCGGCGCGCGAUGACGGCCGGGAAGGAUCCUGCACCGGCGCAGCUCGCGGGGGAUCCGCAGCGCGCGCAGCCCUCGGCCGCGGCACCGGCUCCGAGACCCGGCCCAGACAGUCAUCUUCCUGCGGCCCCAGUGGCCGCGGCUCCGCGUGCCCCCGAACCGGCUGCCCCGCGGUCUCCGGAGCCAACAGCGUCAGCGCCAACCGUGCGCGAGCCGGCCACACCGCCGUCGCCGCCGCCGGCGCCGGGCCCUGGGGGGCCGCUGGGGGACAUAUUGCAGCGCGCUGAGGCGCUCCGGCGGGCGAUGGACCGCACGCUGGGCGCCCAGAGUCAACAAAAGGACCCAGGGGAGGUGUACCUGAUGUCGCACGCCCGCGUGGGCGGAGGGCCACCGGGCAGGGCGGCGGCGGCGCAGCCGGAGGCCGCGGGGGCGGAGGCGGCGGAGCCGGAGGCGAGCCUCGCGAGCGUGGGCGUGAGCACGAGCCGGUCAGACUCGCACGACCGGUCGGACGACUCGAUGCUGAGCGCGUCCGCGCUCGCCGAGGAGGCCAUCCUGGAGGAACUGUUCUUCUACUCGGGGCGCAAGGCAGGCAAGCGCGCGAUGCGGGCCGCGGAGAAAGACGCGUCUCCGGCCAAGCACGCGCGUCGCUCGCCGGCAACGCGCGCCCCCGUGGCUCACGACUCGCACCCGGCCGCGAAGGCAGAGGGCGCGGCGGUGACCGGGGCCGGCAGCCCCUCCAAGCAGGCAGCACCGGCGCCGGCCGCGAAGCCCGCCGGCGCGAUCGUUCCAGUGGGCGCGCCGCUGCAGCCAGUGCCUGGCGUGCACCUGAGGGCGCGGGUGUCCCUGAAGGCCGCGGCCCCCCUCGAGCGCGUUGGCGACGGCCUCGACAGCUGCACGUACGCGGUCGUGAAGGGCUUCCGGUGCGCGCGCGCUCUUGUGGAGGUGCCGCUGGACGCUUCGGCGGCGGCGCGCGUUGCGGAGGUGGGCGGCGCGGUCGCGAACGAGGACGCGGCGGCCCCGGGCGAGAGCACAGGCGCGCUCCCGGUCGCGAUGCUCGACGCGCUGCUGUCGGACGCGGCGCUGGACGGGGGGUCGGUGGCGGUGGUGGAGCUGUGGCGGCGGACGUGGUCUGCGGGCGGCGGCGACGAGGAGGUCAAGCUGCUCGGACUCGGCCGCGUGGCCGUGCCGGCGACGCCCGUGCUGCGCGACGCCGCGUCUCGCCUUGCGCGCGCCGCGCAGGGGCCUGGCGACGCGGUCCCGGCCGACGGCGCGCAGAUCUUCGCGGGGAGCGUCGCGAUGCGGAACCCCGUGACCGGCGCGGACGUGGGCGCGCUCGAACUCGAGCUCGCGGUGGAGAAGGUGCCAGAGACGCAGGCGGAGACGGCAAGCGUCGACUCGCAGGACGACGAUGAAGACAAGGAGCCGGAGGGGACGCGGCACGUGUUCGAGGUGACCCUCGAGGGUCUCCAGCGGCUACCGGACGCGACGGAGUACCGCCGAACGGGCGGAGCGGUGCCAGUCGGGCGGUACGUGCGGUACAAGUUCCCGGGGGAGCCGGACCCGCUUUACACGCGCGCCGUGGCGCCGGCGCCGACGAUGGAGAUCGGCGCGACCGCGCGGCACAGCAUCGUCCUCCCCGCGGGCGACCGCGACCUCGCGGCGCACCUCGCGCCCCUGGGAGGCGCGGCGGGCAAAGGAGCGCCCCCGCAGUCCGCGGACCUGUUCUUCGAGGUUUGGACGAAGUGGGAGGGCCGGAAGGACACGCGGCUGGCGUGGGCGUCGCUCCCGAUCGCGGACGCGGUGGACCUGGCGAGCGGGGCCGCUGAUGCGGCGCCGCGGGCGCGCGCCUUCGCGCUCAGUCUGACGCCAUGUCGGGGGACCCCUGAGUCAGGAAUCCUGGCGCGGCGCGCGCAGGCGCCGAUGCUGCGCACGGCGAUCGCGUACCAGCAGUGGCCGGUGGCGUCGCUCGCGCAGGCGGUCGCGGAGCGGCCGCGGGCCCCGCCGGCCGUCGCGGUGUCGGUGCCAUCCGAGCCGAGGGUACGCACGCAGCCGGCGGAGGCGGCGCCGGCGCCGGCGCCGGCGAUGGAGGCGCCGCGCGUGCAGGCGACGAUCCGCGCGGCGAUCGUGCGCGCGUGCGGGCUGCAGGCGGCGGUGCGGGCCGCGGAGCAGUGGCUCGGCUCUGGGGCUACGCGCGCGCUCGGGCGCGCCUCGCACCUCGGCCCGCACUCGUUCGCGCGCCUGAGCAUCUUCCCGGACGACCCGACGCUCGACCUGCGCCUCCCGCCCAUCCGCACGCCGUUCCAGGCCCAGAGCUUCACCCCCACGUAUGACUUUGAGCGCGAGUGCCCGAUCUCUAUCGACGCCGACGCCGCGCGCGCCCUCGCCGCAGGCUCCCUCCGCGUCGAGCUGUGGCACCACUGCCCGCGCUCCGCGCGCCCCGCCGCUGACGAGAACUCCGCGGCGGCCCCUCGGGAGGUGUUUUUGGGGGCGGGGUCCGCAACACUCCUCCCCCUCCUGAUGGACGCCGGACGCAUCCUCGCCUGGGUGCCCCUCCGCAGCCGCCGCGGCGACCCCGUCGGCGCCGUCCAGGUCCACGUCGAGCUCGCCGUCCUCGGCGGCCUGCCCUCCGCGACAUCCUCCCUCCUCGACGUCGUCGCGCCGCUGCUGCCACCGCCCUCGCGCGCCCUCCUGCCCGUGGGCCGCGCGGACCUCCCGAUCGGCCGCCUCGUCCGGCUGCACGUCUUCACCGAGCAGCUCGCGCUCCCCCUGAACUCGGACCUCACCGUGGAGCGCCCCCGCGCUGCCACGUACCACGCCGAGUGGACCAUGCCUGGCUCCGGCGCGCUGGAGGCGACGGCGCAGCGUGGACCCGUCGCUCCCGCGGCCUCGGGGCAGCAGUGGAAGGUGCCGCUCCGGCACACCGCCACGGAGCGCGCCAUCCUGGACAACAGGCUGUACCACGUGUUGUUGUCGCAACCGCUGGUCGUGGCCUUCUUCCGGCACGACCCGCCGCGGGCGCCGGGGCUUGAGGCGCCCCCUGCGGUCGGCGUCGGGUUCGUCGAGGUGCCGCUGCUGCCGCUGCUGACGCAGCACGCGCACGACGUGGCGCUGACGUCGGGCCGCGGGCGGUGGCUUGCGGGAAGCUACUUGCUCGUGGAUCCGGCCGCGAAGAACCUGGGCGCGGCGCGGGUGCGCAUCAAAGUGCUGCUGGAGAUGCCGAGGGGCGCAGGCGAGGACGCCGAGGGCGCGGUGGCCGAGGAGGACGCGACACGAGCGGCUGCGGACCGCGUGGCUGCGGGGCACGGCGACGACGAUGGCGUGGGCGGGGAGGGGCCGGGGAGCCCGAGGUCGUCGUGGGGGAGCGACGUGAGCGUCGAGCUCGGGGAGGCCGGUGCGCUCGCGGCGCUGCGUGGGCAGGAUCUGGGCGGAACACCCCCGCAGACCCCCCCACGCAAGACGGUCGUGCGGGCGCCGGCGGCGCGCGUGGUCGAGGCGAAGCCGGCUGCGGCGCCCGCAGAGAAGACCGCCAGCGCUCUGCCGGAGUUCCUCGACAUGUCGUCCGCGGCGCCCAAGGACGCACCCGCUGCGCCGGCGACCCCUCCUCGCCGCGACGACCCGCCGCCGCCGGCCGAGACGCCACAGAAGACGCAUCUGCCGCCGGACGCCGGAAGCACGACGCCGCAGAAGGCGCUCGUGGUCGUGCCGGACGCCGGGGUGCCGGUGGUCCCGGCGGGCGAGCUGGACCGCGUGGUGGUGUCGGUUCGCGUCGACGAAGUCGCCAACAUCCCCGCUGACUCCGGUGCGCGGCCUUCGUCGUUCUACGUCACGUGCACGUCGCUGGCCGAGCCGGCGUCGAGCGGCGACGCCGCGGCGGAGGCCGCGCCCCCCGCGCACGCCGUCCCCUUGCAGCCGUCGAGUCAGGGCGGGUCGUUCAACGCGCUCCUCUCCCACAGCUGCACCGUCGAGCUCGCGUGGGACCUCACGCGCCCCGCCACGACCCUCGCCGACCCCCCGGGCGUCCUCAUCAAGGCGUGGACCGUUCACGCCGACGACAAACGCCCCGAGCUGCUUGGUUGCGCCAUCGUUGACGCCUCCCUCCUGGCCAUGGGGGUCCCUGAGGUGGCCGGGUGGUACACUAUCGUCUCGCACCUGCAGCGGCAGCGCGGGCAGAUCAAGGCCGCGGUCGCCCCGAUCGCGCCGCGGCCGCUGCGCGUCAAGAGGGAACUCCCCCCCUUCCCGCCUGUGGCGUCAGCGAUGUUCUACCCGGAGCCCUCCGCGGUGGCGUGGCCCGCGCUGCCGUCGCCGAAGGACGUUGCACCGGCGCAGGACACCGCGCUCGCGCUGCGGAGGUCCGGGGACGGGCACACGCUGCAUGUGCUGUCGCCGGUCACCGGCGUCGACCUACACCUCGCCGACAGCCCGGCGAAGCUGCUCGCGCCCGCGGCGCACGCUACCUCGUCGUUUGGGGACCUGCAGGACGCGCUCGUUGAGCUGGAGCGCAUGGUCGGCGCGCUCGCGGCGGGGAAACACCCCCAACCUGACAGGACUGUCGGGGGAGAGUCCCCGCGGCGGAGCUCGUCGCCCGUUGGCGACGCGCUCCCCGCGCAGAUGCAUUCACCGCCGCGCAGCCCGCGGUCCCCGCGCGGCGCGCAGUCCCCGCACCGCGCCGUCCCGGCCGACGUCAUCAACGUUGUCCGUCCGGGCAGCCCUCACUCCCCCCGGCGCCGCUUCCGCGCGCCGGCGCCGCUCACGCUAGGCCUCGAGUCCGCGAGCGCCCCACCCGAGGGCGUUCCGCUGCGCAUCGAGGUCGGCCGCAACGUCAGCACCGUCAGCGACUCCAGCUGGCUCAGCGACGAGCUCGGGCGCGCCGUUGCGGACGGCAUCGGCACGCUCGCGACGUCGACGGAGCCGUCGGGGGCGGAGCGCGCGGAGGCGGCGCGGGGCGCGAGCCGCAGCGGGCACAGCGACGCGCUGGCGGUGGCGGAGAUGGGGACGCCAACGGGAGACGAGAAAUUGAUACAUAUGGCGCAGGAGUUCUUAGAUAGGGUGGAGUCGGCCGGGGAGCUGUCGGCUACGGGGUCGGGGCUGCUGCCGGACGAGCAUGCUCAGGAGAAGUUCUCCGAGUGGCUCUCGCACGGGUCACAGCGUGGAUCCGCGCAGGAAGGCGCGCAGCAGCAGCGGCGCCCCCAGCAGAGUCAGGACGUCGCCGCUGCGCCUGCUGGCGCGGACGAGGGGCACGGAGCACCCAAGCAGACCGAGCAGGACGUCGCCGGCCCGUCGGAGCCGGCAGCAGCGACGAAAGCGCCGCAGGCGGCGCCCAGCACGAGCGCGGCGGCAGGGGGCGCGCCGGCCGAGGAGGCCGACCCGGGCGUGCGCAGGAGCAUCAAGUUCCCGAAGUACGACUUCGCGGCGUACCUCGCGGGCGCGGAGGGACGCGGCGACGGAGACGAGAGUCCUCCUCGCGGCCCCAGGCUCGUGUCAGGCACGGGCAUGCGCUACGAGGUCCCCUGA